GAACGACGUGCAGCCGUACGACGUGCGCGGCGAAAGGUACCUUGACGUCCUAAGGGAUUGGGUGGACAACGGGAUGGACCCGAGCGACCACAGCCUCGUCGAUUUUGCGUCCGGCGUCGUCAACCGCGGCUGCCACGACGCGCCGUUCGAGGGCAUCGGCGGCGCCGAUCCGUGCGGCAACGGCGAGAUCCACGCCUGGGAAGAGCGCCGGAUGAACUUCAAGCACAUCUGGGGCGUGCUGAGCCCGCUGCUGCCGACGCGCCGCCGCUCCUUGCUCCUGCAGUGAAAUGCUCGAUGUCUAUUUGUUCACUACUGCUGCUGCUGUUGCUGCUGCUUACGUAUGUCUUCGCACUUCGGUACCCGCGCAUUGGCGCCACCCGACCUCGGGCCCAGCGGUCAUACAGUAUCGUUCAACAUUUUUGUGCAUUAUUGAGAGCCUGAUUCGAGUUGUAGCCAGAAGAGAAUCUCGCGCAGAUAGUUUGUCAGUGAGUCAGAAUGUCGGUAAGUCGUGUGUCGUGU